UGUGCAGCUCCGGCAGUGCGGCGAUCAGUGCCCCAGCAGUGCCACCUGUCAGUGUCCAUCAAUGCCACCUGCCAGUGCCAAUCAGUGCCUCAUCAAUGCCACAUAUCAGUGCCUACCAGUGCACAUCAAUGCCACAUAUCAGUGCCCAUCUGAGCUGCCUUUUAGUGUCACCUAUCAAUGCCAGUCAGUGCCACCUAUCAGUGCUGCCAAUCAGUGCCGCCUAUCAGUGCCAGUCAGUGUCGCCUAUCAGUGCGCAUCAGUGCUGCCUAUCAGUGCCAGUCAGUGCUGCCUAUCAGUGCCACAUAACAGUGCCAGUCAAUGCCACCAAACAGCAUCAGUCAGUGCCGCAUAUCAGUGCCAGUUAGUGCCGUCUAUCAGUGCCCAUCAGUUCCACCUAUAAGUGCCCAUCAGUGCAGCCUAUCAGUGUCAAUCAAUGCAGCCUCAUUAGCGCACAUCAGUG